AUGGUGCUGCUGCUGCUGCAGCACAAGAGCAGCAGCAAAGCCCCCGCCAUGGGGGGCAUGACAGCUCUUCAUUUUGCUGCUCAAAAGGGACACAAAGAAGUCGCUGAGGCCGGGCCGACUUGGAACUAA